CUAAAUAGCACAACUAACCGCUCUUUAUAACGUACACCUUCUUUCCGGGCUUCUGGCGGGGUGACCGGCGUGGGGUGAAGUCGAUGAAAUCCUCACCUAUUCUUCGAAGGAGUUUAACCUCCGUAUUCAAUCAAUCAUUCCGCCAGAACGGCCCCAAUCGUCUCCGGAACAUAUGCUCGCGGUGCUGGAGACAGCAACGGCAACAACAACAACAACAAGUCCGUUUCGCACAUACCCCGGCAGAUGACCCGAACUGGAUCUCCGUUGCAGAUAAUCCUUCGAAGCUUGUACGAACCGGCCACAAACAUGGUCCCGGAUUGAUUUUACUUGCUCUUAUUCCUAUCACUGCCUUCGCCCUCGGAACAUGGCAGGUGCAGCGACUUGACUGGAAAACCAAAUUAAUAACAAAAUUUGAAGACCGUCUCGUUAAACCCCCGCUCCCUCUACCCCCUGUCGUCGAUCCUGAUGCCGUAUCCGAUUUCGACUAUCGUCGCGUAUAUGCUAAGGGCCGUUUUAGACACGAUCAGGAAAUGUUGAUUGGCCCCCGGAUGUACGACAGUAAAGAUGGAUACCUAGUAGUCACGCCGUUCGAAAGAGGAGACGGGGAGAGCACGAUUCUCAUCAGUCGAGGUUGGAUUUCAAAAUCUCUGAAAAACCAAAAAGAUAGGCCUGAGGGGCUACCGCAGGGAGAGGUUGUUGUGGAAGGACUGCUUCGGUCUCCUUGGAAAAAAAAUAUGUUCACUCCUGAUAAUAAACCAGAGGAGGGAAAGUUCUACUUCCCGGACGUGAAUCAAAUGGCUGAGUUUACGGGCAGCCAACCAAUAUGGAUUGAGGAAACUAUGCAACCGGAACUGCUGGAACAGUAUCAUAGAGAAGCUAACGGUAUACCGAUUGGGCGUCCUCCGGAAGUCAACCUCAGAAAUAACCAUACCCAGUAUAUUUUCACCUGGUAUGGUCUUUCUUUGGCCACAUCGGUAAUGUUAUGGAUGGUAGUUCGAAAGAAGCCGAAUACCGCCGCCCGGAGAAUUCGACAAAGUAAGAACUGGUAGCAACAAACUUCACCUGCAUCUCCACUCUUUGUAUCAAUGAACGAUCCCGAGUUUCAAGCUCUAUGCGCAUGAAGUGUCACUUUUUAGCAAGGCGGAUAUCCUGAAGCAGCUCUUUUGGCAGAUAUUUCUGCGCGAGAGCGAAUACGGAAGUGCCUUUUCCAAUUUGCCGUUGUCUGCCUUAAAUUAGCCUGGUCAUUACGACUAUUGAUGGAGUAGAUCGAGAAUACCUUUUCAUAAGAGCUAUGACAUCUGUUUCAUCUACCGUCUUCCGGGUUGAAUGUUUGGAAUAUGCGCUCAAGUCGUCAUUCGCUUGCUCAAAGAACCAAUCUGUGGCUUUCUCGAGGGCAGCUAGAGCCUCUUUGGAUAUCCUCGUUCGACUUCCGUUCCCUGUUCGGGCAAAUCGAGUGGCCAGCCGCUUGACAAUACCACGGGGCAGCUUUGGAACAGGUAUUCCAUGUUUUGAAACUCUCUCUUUGUUUUGAUCUAGUCGGGACUCCUGAGGAGGUUGGGGUGAUGAUUCUUGCAAAGGCGGUCGUGGAGAGCCUUCGCGAACUGCGAGUUCCAGAUCUCCAGCUCCAAAAUCAUCAUCAGAUGAAACGGGAACAUCAUCAGCGAUAGGCAUUGUGGUAUCUAAAACAAAAUCUUCAUGUUCAUUCUCAAUGUGCUGCGGAGCGUCGGGAGUUGGGAAGGAAAAAUUUAAAUCGAACCGUCGUAAAUCCUCAGUCUCGCCCCUGGUGUAUUAUAUUUUAGAAACAGAUUAUCAUGAAUAGAAAGAACAAAUCUUACCCUAGAUCAAAGA